AUGCCACAGAUCCGAUUGGGUGUCGCUGCCAUGGACCGCAAAGCGCGGUCCAAGCCUAUGCAGAACAUCCUAAAUCGCCUUCUUUCCACAGGCCAAUUCGAGGUGAUUGUGUUUGGCGAUAAGGUCAUUCUGGACGAGGAUGUCGAUACGUGGCCCAUCGUGGAUGUCCUCAUCUCCUUCUUUAGCACAGGCUUCCCGCUAGAGAAGGCGAUCCAGUACGUAGACCUGCGCCACCCUGUGUGCGUGAAUGACCUGCGUAUGCAGGCGGUGCUCUGGGACCGUCGAGCUGUUCUGCGUAUCUUGGCCGCGGCAGGUGUGCCGACGCCGCCAAGCGUCUAUGCGGACCGCGAUGGCGGGCCGACCUUGGAUCCUACGGUCGUCAGCGAUGUAAAGCAAUGCUUAAGCCUAGAUCUCGGUGUGCGUCACCCGCCUGCUAAGGUGGAAAUGAAGGACGAAGAUACAAUCUUGGUCAACGGCGAGGAAAUUCGGAAGCCGUUUGUCGAGAAGCCUGUGAGCGGAGAAGACCACAACAUUCACAUCUACUUCCCUCGUUCACGUGGCGGUGGCGGUCGUCGUCUGUUCCGCAAAGUAGGGAACAAGUCGUCCGAGUUUGAUCCCACACUCGUGGAGCCACGGAUGGACGGGUCGUACGUCUAUGAAGAGUUUAUGGACGUCGACAAUGCCGAGGACAUCAAAGUAUACACGAUUGGCCCUGGCUUUGCGCAUGCAGAGACGCGCAAAUCGCCAGUCGUCGAUGGGCUCGUGAAGCGCAACCCCGACGGCAAAGAAAUUCGCUACGUGACAGGGCUCUCGCCCGAAGAACGUGAGAUGGCCAGGAAAAUCUCUCUGUCGUUCAAGCAGUUUAUUUGUGGCUUUGACUUGCUCCGUGUACGCGACAAAAGCUAUGUCAUCGAUGUCAAUGGCUGGAGUUUCGUCAAGGGCAACGACGAGUACUAUGAUCAAUGUGCAGCCAUCCUAAGCAAGUUUUGCAUGGACCAUUACUUCGAGCGCCCCAUGCGCCGGACCAGUGAACUUAUUCGCGAUCAAGGUGAAACCUCGAGCUGGGUCCUCAAGGCCAAUGUCACUGUGUUCCGUCAUGGCGAUCGCUCGCCAAAGCAGAAAAUCAAGCGCUCGUACGUGGCCAAGGAUCCUUGCAGCGCGCCCAUUCUGGCUCUCAUGCAUGGCUGCCGCGAAGAAAUUAUUUUGCGUACGCAGCUGGAAAUUGUCAUGGAUGCCCUUUCCAAGGCCAUGCAGCUGCCUGGCGCAGAUGUGGACGAUAUGAAGUUCAUUUGUGAUACGAUUGACCGCAAAAAAUCUUUCCCAGGCACCAAGAUUCAAAUCAAGCCGAGCUUCGAUAAAGAGUCGGGUGAACUGAACAAAGUGCAGCUGGUCAUCAAGUGGGGUGGCGAGUUCAGUCACGCAGCACGUCAUCAGGCACGCGACUAUGGUAUCAACAUGCGCAGAGACAUGCUGAUUAUGAACAAGGAGGCGCUAGCCAAUUGCCGCAUCUACACGAGCUCCGAGCGCCGCGUAUCCUCCUCGGCAGAGAUUUUCGCGGAUGCUUUCCUGAACGAGGAUGCCGGCGAUGGAACUGGCCAUACGAAGCCCAAAGAAAUGGUCAUUCGUCGCGACCUGCUGGACGACUCCAACGCCGCCAAGGAUCUUAUGGAUCGUGUCAAGAAGGAAUUGCAGCUUGUUCUUUCGCCCACGGAGAACAACGAAGACGCACGCCCUGAUGGCUGGCCAGCUGAUGUGCCUGCGCCAGCGAUGCUGGGCACCGAAAUCAAAGGCUUACUCCAAAGCUUGCAGGCGACCAUGCUAGAGAACUUCCAGCGUUUGGACGUAGAGCGUAUCCAGACCCGAUGGUGUACGCAUGAGACGCCAGCUUUGUUUAAGGAGCGGUGGGACAAGGUGAUUGAAGACUUUGUCGAGAAGCCCAAUGAGCCUUCGCGUGCCAGUGAAUUGGCCGAUAUGCUCUCUCAUGAUGGUUUGCACAACCGCGUCUUCUUAGAGAAGAUUUUCUCGUCGGAGAAAGACGACGACGAUCACAAAUUGGAGCGUCUGCACCGCUUGUACCGUCUGAGCAAGGCCCUCUUUGGCUUUGUAUGCCCACGCGAGUACGGCAUCACACCGGAGGAGAAGGAGCAGAUCGGUCUGCUUACCUCGCAGCCCCUCCUCCAAAGUAUUGUGCACAGACUGGAAGAAUCACGCGAUGUGAAAGGCCUUUGUGCUCUUUACUUUACCAAAGAAUCACAUGUGCAUACCCUUCUCAAUCUGAUUCUAUCCUCGAAGCUCUCGAUUAUUAUGCCGCAAAUGCCACCACUGGACUACUUCUCAAGCAUCACCUUCGAAGUGUACGAACGGGAGCGUCCUAUGUCCUCAGAGCACUCAGCUAAGACUGAGUGCUCUCUUGUCAUUAGCGUAUCUGAAGGCGCGCACAGCUCUGAGGUGCUCUUUAUUCGCCUGGACGCUCGACAUGCCCUGACACCGUUGCCUAGCCGUCCUCUUACGUCGCACAUGGACUUCGACGAGGCUAUUGAGAAACUCUCUCAACUAUGUCAAAAACGCGACGAAAUUGAUACGCGCCGCGGCCAAGUCGAAGCCACCGAAGUCUACUUCGGCCAGCAUGAAGAGGACACUCGCGUGGUGCCCAUUCAGAGUUCCGCCGACCACGACUCGCCAUAG